ACACGGAGGUUACUUAAGAAAAGCAUGUAGCAGGACUCAUUCGCUUUCAGUGUAUACUAUACCGAGUCGGUCCACCAUCAUGAGGAGGGCAUCGCAAGUAGUUCUUGGCUUGCUGUUUCUAGCAGUUGGAAUUGUAUGUUCAUUUGCUAAUCAAAGGGAUGUGGUUUACAAGGUUAUACCACGUGACCAAAGGCAGGUCGAUUUUCUCGAUGGACUGCUCAAGAAUGACCCAUCUCUUGAUUUUUGGGUUUUUCCUGUCAGCCCAGGGACUGACGUCAUAAUACACAUCAAAGAAGGACAAACGAAAGCCUUUGAACAGAUGAUGGAAGAAAAUGAUCUGACAUAUUCUAUCGCUAUCCAUGAUCUGGAACCUCUAUUACAGAAAGAAAAAAUACAAUCUAGAGCAGGAGGGUUUGACGCCAGCUACCACGACCUUGACCAGAUUCACCGAGAAAUCAAGACCCUUGCCAGUGCACAUAGUGACGUCGCGUCCAUUAUCAACCUUGGAAAAUCUCACGAACAAAGAGACAUGUUGGCAAUCAAGAUUAAACAAGGAUCUGGCAGAAAAGAUCUGUUUUUCUUUAACUGUGGUAUUCAUGCUCGAGAAUGGAUUAGCCCUGCAACUUGUAUGUAUAUGAUACGAAAGAUUCUUGAAACGCGUAAUAACGAUGCUGAUGUUCAAUACAUGUUGUCACGGUUUGAGUGGGUAAUCUUACCUGUCCUUAACGUGGAUGGAUAUCAACAUACUCGAACAAGAAGUCGCAUGUGGCGUAAGACUCGUAAGGCGUAUGGCAGCUGCUAUGGUGCUGAUCCAAAUCGUAACUUUAACUAUCGUUGGGCUGGUGUCGGUACUUCCAGUUCGAAAUGCUCAGACAUUUUCACAGGAAGUCAUGGAUUUUCGGAGAUUGAAACUUACAAUGUUGGCAAAUACUUGUAUGGACGAAGGAAAGAGUUAAAGGGAUACAUUGAUUUUCAUGCUUAUAGCCAGUUAUGGAUGAGUCCUUGGGGAUAUACGAACAGUUAUCCACCUCAAUACGCUAGGCAAGAGAAAGCAAUGAAAGCUGCAGUGAAGGCUCUUUCGGCGGUUCAUGGCACUUACUAUAGAUAUGGACCAGCUGCAAUCACAAUAUAUCCUACAACUGGUGAUACAACUGACUGGACAUUUGGAGUGUUGGGUGUGGUCCAUUCGUAUUGUGUGGAACUGAGGCCACGAUCGAGUAACCCAGGUUUUAUUUUGCCCCCAGAUAAGAUCAUUCCUGUUGGCCAGGAAACUCUUGCUGGACUUAAAGCAUUGACUAGAAAUAUGACAUAAUAUGAUGAUCAGAUGAUAAAUUAAAUGAUCCAUUUGGCCUAAAAAUA